AUGGCGGAUGCCUCGCUUACCGCGGCUGAGCCUUCGGAGCCCGCCCUGGAUGCCAUGACAUGGACAGAGGUUACCAAGCGCACUGAACAGAUUCUCGCACGCUUCGAGAACGAUGAAACCACCUUCCAGCGCUGGGAGGUCAAAGUGGUAUGGGAGUAUUGGCGUGGCUUUGAAAUGAUGGGUCUUGACCCCGGAGUUACGGUUUCCAAAUUCAUGCGCGAUGUCGUGAUCCCUUUCGCAUCUUCCCGAGUUCACUCCCGGCUUCAGGGCCACACACGGUACGAAAAGGCUAUCGGCGCGGAUAAUUCCAAGAACUACAAGAUUCAGAAUCCCGUCGAAGAAGGACCGGCUGUUGUGUACCGCAAGGGCAGCUCACCCGAGACAGCAACCAUCAAAAAAGCAGAGGAGGUUCAAGAUGCCCCAAACCCCUCUCCCAGUUCAGGCCCGGCAGAAAGACAACCUUGCCUUCAGCCUAUCCAGUGGGAUCUUCGAGCUCAUAUGAGAGCGAAUACUAAUACGACUACUCGAGCCCCUUCUCACCAAGGUCACUCCGAGCAUAUUGAAGACGCGACGCAGGCUUCAUCCUCGGACUCACCCUCUACCAUCAUCGGCAGAAACCCACGUCUCGCGUCCUAUUCACCUCCGCCUUUCCACAGAGUCCCCAUCACCGAGUCUGCCCAGGAAAUUCUCAAAUCACCAAUCUCCAAUUCGAAGCUCAUCACCCAGGGCCCUCUCACUGGGAAUGGAUCACCUGCUGCUGUGACCAGUCGAGUCGAAGGACAUCCGGAACUUAUCAAGAUCGUCUGCAAUGGUAAGGAGGAAAUCGUGAAUACCGAGGAUUUGGUUGCAAACAAUUAUCUCCUUCGAUCUACCGUGGAGUAUCUCAACACGACGGCCACCUCGAUGCAAGAGAUCAUUGAGGCUCAGAAGGGCAGAAUCGAUGCUCUGAGCGGGUACAUUGCAUCGCAGCAUGCAAAGAUUACAAGGCUGACUAACAAGCUCACACUGUCAGCGAAUACUGACAAUUGA